AUGGGGUGCACUUCUUCGGCGGAGGAGCGGGCAGCCCUCGCCAGAAGUAAGCAGAUCGAGAAGAAUUUGAAGGAGGACGGGAUCCAGGCGGCCAAGGACAUCAAGCUGCUGCUGUUGGGCGCCGGGGAAUCCGGGAAGAGCACCAUAGUCAAACAAAUGAAAAUUAUCCACGAAAGUGGAUUCACUCCAGAAGACCACAAGCAAUAUCGGCCGGUAGUCUACAGCAAUACCAUACAGUCCUUGGUGGCCAUUUUGCGGUCGAUGCCAAAUCUCGGAAUCAGUUAUGGAAACAACGAGAGAGAGAUUGACGGCAAAAUGGUAUUCGACGUAAUCCAACGGAUGGAGGACACUGAACCCUUCUCUGAGGAACUCUUAGCAGCAAUGAAAAGGUUAUGGGUGGAUUCGGGCGUACAAGAAUGUUUCGGUCGUUCCAACGAGUACCAGCUCAACGACUCCGCCAAAUAUUUCUUAGAUGACUUAGAUCGACUAGGUGCAAAAGACUAUCAACCCACAGAACAAGACAUCCUGAGGACUAGAGUGAAAACCACGGGUAUUGUGGAAGUUCACUUCUCUUUCAAAAACCUCAAUUUCAAAUUAUUUGAUGUUGGGGGCCAGAGGUCAGAAAGGAAAAAAUGGAUACACUGUUUUGAAGACGUGACAGCGAUUAUUUUUUGCGUAGCUAUGAGCGAAUACGAUCAAGUCUUACAUGAGGACGAGACGACGAACCGAAUGCAAGAGAGUUUGAAACUGUUUGAUUCCAUCUGUAACAACAAAUGGUUCACAGAUACAUCCAUUAUCCUCUUCCUCAACAAGAAAGAUUUGUUUGAAGAGAAAAUUAGAAAAUCCCCUCUGACGAUAUGUUUCCCAGAAUAUGCAGGAGCUCAAGAGUACGGCGAGGCGGCUGCGUACAUCCAGGCGCAGUUCGAGGCCAAAAACAAGUCGACCACGAAGGAGAUCUACUGCCACAUGACGUGCGCUACUGACACGCACAACAUCCAGUUCGUCUUCGACGCCGUCACGGACGUCAUCAUAGCAAACAAUUUGCGCAACUGCGGCCUCUACUGA